UGACGUGUGAGUGGUCCUUUUUUUGCCCCCUUCUUCCCACCCUUCUGUUGGUUGCUAUCACAGGACUGCGCGCAACCGUCGGAGCACUCGGGGAAGAACCCUUUUUCAUAAAUUUAACCUUACGGGACCAUACUCGCCAACAAAGCGUAUACUUCCCACAUCGAGGUACAACAAUAAAUGUUACCGAUCGCAACUCAAUCCGAGAUUGGGUUAUGACGUGAAGGGCCAAGGGACAGGGUGGCGAUAAAAUUCGGCUCUAGGUCCCGCGGGUGCUGUUACCAUUAAUGUAAUUUCGUCGUUGAUCUGAACGCUUACCCUGGCUUUCUCCUUUUUUUCCAUUCUCCCUUCCCCGAUGACUAGAAUGUGUUGAGGAGGGUAUACAAAUCCUUACCUUUUUUUUAAUUCGUCGGCGGUUUUCUCUUUUCUGCUUUUUCUCUUUCUUGGUCAAUAGUUUUUAUUCCCUUUUUUUGUGUCCUGGAUGUCGAGGGAGGAACGAUCGCCUCCGCCGACAGACAACACUACUCGACAAACUACCGCAACUUCGUCACGAACACACGACCCCUCUUCUUCUUCACGUCGACGCGCGCCUUCUCCACAGCCUGAGGCGAGCACGAGCACCGGUAUCACGCGAACUCGCCGCCGAGAACCAGAACCAGAACCAGAGACGGAGGAACGAAUGUCGAAACGCCUUCGCCGGCGCUCGGUGGGGAGCUCCUCAGAGGGUGAUACGGAGAAAAACCCUACGCCUCCGCCCCCGACACAGAAGAAGAAGCGCACGCGCACUCUUACGACACCUCACCAGUCAGCAGUUUUGCAUGCUCUCUUGGCCCAGUCACGAUUCCCCACGACAGCAAUGAGGGAGGAAGUGGGAAGGUCUAUUGGACUGAGUGCGAGGAAGGUUCAAAUAUGGUUUCAAAACCAACGCCAAAAAGCUCGGCGCCCACGCAGCCAAAGCGAUAUUCAAUUGACGCGUCCGCCUCAAUACGGGCCGUUCCCUUCUACCUCUCAUCCUGUCCCGCCUUCUUUCCCGCUUCACUAUGGCUAUCCUCCUGCUCCUGCCCCGCCCCCGCCUCCCCCGUACUUUGAACCUUCUUCGUCUUCGCUCCUUGGACCUGGGAUGCCCGGGAGGUCCUUCCAGCCGCAACAACCGCAACAGAGCCCAUUCCGAUACUCCCGUCACCAAGAGCCUUACCCUCCUUCUCCCCCUCCCCCGUCCCUCUCUCGUCGUAUCGACUACUCACGGACUUUGCCUCCAUUAUCGUUCCCAAGCGGCUCUAGCCCCCGCCCAUCAUCGGCAUCAUAUCGCGGUGCCAGUCCGUUCUCCAGGAGCCCGGGUCCUUACCGUGGUGCUAGCCCGGGGCAGUUUCGUGGUGGUGGUAGUCCGGCGCCACUUCCACCGCGCUCGUAUCACCGCUCCCCAUCCCCCGAACGGAUCCUCCCUCCACCUGUGCAAUGGGGUCCGGGGGAACGCGAAGCGGGACCACCCAGGUUUGGCGGGACGUGGGCACGACCGAGUUCAGGGAGCGGAACGGUUCUAUCUCCUGUUCACGCAAGGCGGUACUCUUAUUCGUUGGAUGAACCUCCUACUACUGCUCCUGCUCCCGCCGCCGCGUCUACGUCUACGUCUACAGCUCCGAGGCGCUCGGGACGGUACGACCCCGUCCGUGGUACCAUCGUCCCCUCCGAGCCAACCCCACCUCCAGAAGAAGACCAGUCAUGAUUGAAAAUGAAUACGUAUCCUACCCAUUCUUGGCUUUUCACGAACUAUCGUCACGUCCUCGCUAAAACGUCUUUGCUAUCCUCGGCUACUACCUACUACUACUACUAUCGUUCCCUUUCCUCGUUUUCUGUACCACGUACUCACUCAUUUGCAGAUAAUAUCAUAUCAUUAUAAUACCCUUUCGCUACUAUCAUCAGUAAUUUAUGUCGUAUUCGGACUACAUACCUAUUGAUCAUCCUGUAGUCCUAUGGCCACUACAAUACCAUUAUAUUAUGUCGCCCGUCCACGUCAG